AUGGGCGGACCAGGCAAGCUCGCCGACCUCGGCAAUGUGACAGAGGGCACGAAUUCGUACCUCCUGCAGGCUGCUGCUGGCUCUCCCGCCAUACUGGUCGACACGACGCAGCCCAACACGGCAGACGAGUACACGCGCGUGCUCAUGGAGCACCUCGAGAAGAAGGGCCGCCCGCCCGUCGAGCACAUCGUCAUGACGCACCGGCACAUCGACCAUAUUGGGGGCAUUGCCCCCGUCCUCCGCGCACUCCAGGGGCAGGGCUACCCCAAGCCCAAGGUGUGGAAGAUGGUGUCCCCGGACGAGGCGAAACUGCAGGCCAACGCCCGCGACAGCAUCCACACGGACAAGACGCUGAUUGACUCGGUCAAGGCGUGCGAGGGCGCUUAUCAGCCGACGGAGAGCGGGGAGCAGGUCUGGGAACUGAACGGCGGAGACAGGAUCUCGGUCACUUCGGGCGACAAGAAACUCGAUGCCGUCGUCGUGCCCACCCCCGGCCACACAGCCGACUCCAUCUCGAUCCUGAUCGAGCCCUCGGACGGACAGGACGGUCCCACCGUCCUCACGGGCGACACGGUGCUGGGCCAGGGAACCACGAUCUUCACCGACUUUGCGGCUUACAUGAAAUCGCUCAAGACGCUCUACGACCUCAAGCCGAGCGUGCUGUACCCUGCCCACGGACCUGCGAUCGUCGGCAGGCAAGAGUGCGACGACCACCUCGCCGCCUACAUCAAGCACAGGCAGGACCGCGAGGACACGAUCGUGGAGGAGUUCAAGAAGAUCGCCGCAAACCCGGGCAUCAUUGGCAAGCAGCUCGAUGAGAUCCGCCACGCCGAGGCCGAGAAGCACAAGCCCGAGGGCGACCCGACCGCCCCCGCUGCGCCGCUCGCGAAGGCGUCGCUCGCCGAGGUGCCCGACUUUGCGGCGCUCUUCCCCGGACCGAACGACGAGGGCGCCAGCGCCGUCACGCUCCCGCUCCUCUGUCGCCUGAUCUACAAGAGCGGCCACCAGCCGCUCAUCAUGGCCGCGAUGCGCACGAUUACGGCGCACAUUGAGAAGCUCGAGGGAGAAGGACGGGUCAAGAAGGUCACUGUUCCGCUGCCCCGGAUCAUGGGCUGGACCGUCGAGGGCACCGAGCCGACAGAAGCGUACGAGUGGGUCGGAUAA